GUGUCCAAAUCACCAGGUGUGGACUGCCUUUUCUAUCUAUCUAUCUAUCUUAAUAUGUAUCUAUCUAUCUACCUGUGUAUUCCUUACCGCGUAGAGUAAUAAGUCCACCUGAUCCUAAUGAAGAACCCACGUAGAACAAUGUUUAUAUCCUCAGUUGCUGGUUGGCUGUCAACCAGUUAACAUAUCGGCCCUGAGCUGUGUCGUGAGUUCAUUAUUUUCCAUCGGAUUAAAAGUGUCAAAAUAUGUGAUUCAACAUUGUGAUAAUUGAUAAUUGUAGUAAUUGUGAUAAAUAGUUUUUCAAAAUGCCUGUGAUUUGGGGACCAUUUGAGAGCUCCCUACGGAGCAGAAUUGGGCCAGGGGGGGAGGAUUUGUCACAGAAAAAAAUUAUGCAUAAAACCUGUAGCGGUCAUGCCCACGGUCACGGGGUGAGAAAGGAGAAGGUGGUGGUUGAGAAGGAGAAAGGAUGGAGGGAGGGACGGCAAGCAGAGGAUAGGGUGGGGAGGGAGAGAAGGCAGAUAUCUCUUCCACCAGAGUCAAGCAGUGACGAAAGUACUCCACCAUCGGCAAACAGAAUGCCGGAUCUGAUUCCAAACUCAAAGAGACGUGCAAGCCUUGGUACAUCGGGUACACGCAGAUCAUCAUUUGAGGUGAUGAAUCGUAUGCUCUACGGAUCAGCAACUAAGGAUGAUCUUUUGAAUAGAGUUCAGGACGACACAGAUUCAGGAGUAGUUUCAUCAGAUGGAGAACAAAGGUUAAGGGAUAGAGGAUCUAACCUUAAUCAAAGAAUACGCCAUUGCUCCCCUUCUCCUGGAUACAAGAACAGGCUUCGAUCCAUACAAUCCAAUCCUUCAGAUAGGGAUUCAAGUGUUUCCCCGCCCCUAGACAAUUCAACCAGAUCAAGUUCUACAAGUAUAAAAACUUCCAGCUCUAGUUCUACUCUACCCCGACGAACUAAAUCUACAUCUAACACCUGCCCCACCCCCUCCACUCCCCAGCCGGUCAAGAAGGUGUCCCUGGGCGGCUACGCCUUUGGGUCAAGUACCCAGAGGUUUACUAGUCCAGUCCUUAGCUAUACGGAGGGGAAUGUUUCCAGAGAAAGUUUGACAGACCUACACACCCCCCUGAGCAGAACCAACAGUGACUCCAGGGUUGGGGGGAGCUCCACCCCCAAGAGAAAGCGCACCCCGACUCACAAAGCAUCGGUUGCGCGCGCGUGGUUGCAAUUUCAGGAGGAUAUAGAGAAGGCGCUGCAGAGAAAACCAGGGAACCUGGGCUUCUACAAGAACCUCACCGACCUUAUGCAGGAUAGGAUGGAAGAGAUAGAUCAG